AAUGUGUGCAUUUGGUUAUUUAUUGUUUUUCGCCUUAUUGUUAACAACAAUUUUGGUGCUUUCCAUUAUAUUGGCCACGACUUCAAAGAGAUCCAUGUUGGAUACAUUUAUUCUGGUCUUCAAUUAUACACAAGAACAGCAGGACCAACAGCAAGAACAACAACAGCAAGAGGACUAUCGACUACAGCAACAACAACAACCACAAAUGUUUUUUAAACCAAAAUCCCUUUGAGUUGAUUUAUUAAUAAUGAUAAAAAUAAUUUUAAUAAUACAAAAUAAUUGGCCACAACUGUAACGUUGACUAAAAGAAUUUUCACGUGAGUGUGACUUGGCUGCGAUGUGAAAGAUUCGAGAAAAAUGUGUAAAAACUCCGUUUAAAUUCUCAAAAAAAUUUACAAAAAUAAAAACAUAAGCCUCAAUAAAAUAAGUGACUUUGAUUAAAUUGAAUAAAAAUAAGUGAAGAAAAUCGAAUUGGAUAAUUCAUCGUAAUAUGAACAACUCAAAGGAUAUUAAUCCUAAAGACAUCAAAAUUUAAGCCGAAAUUUAGUUUGGCUUUUUCCAAAAGUUAAACGCAACCUAAGACAACUCAAUUCCCCCAGCUCAGCGUAAUCCAGUCCAGCCAACAUG